AGUCUCACUUUAUUCCUCGAAUGAGUAAUACGUUUUGAAGUUACAAACUAUUUUUUAAAAUACCGUCAAUUUUACCGUAACAAAAUAGAAGAUUAAAAAAAUAGUUGUUGAGUAAGAGUUUAUAGGGAAUUAUGGCAAAAAUAGUGUUUUUGUUCGGUAUUUUAGUUAUUUCAUUCCACGUUGCUUUUGCAAGGAUUGUGAAUAAGAGAAAAUGUCCUGAAGUACGCGCUGUUCCGCAUUUCGAUUUGUCACAGAUGCUGGGAGAUUGGUACGUGGUGGAGUAUUACGCCAGUGCUGAGGAAGCUCUUUCAUAUAGCUGUAUGAGAGCAGUACUCACUGAAGAUGAUCAUGUUCAAACUGCAGAUGGGUCAGUGGAAUGGACGCCGGGCGUGACUAUGAACUUCACAUAUCGGUUCGCGGACGACCCUCUCGGAGAGAACUUGCUCGGGAACAUAACGUGGCGAGUUGAUUUGAACGAGCCCGCGCACUGGACUCAUUCUGAACUCACAUAUGAUGGCAUUUACAACACAUACGUACUGGAUACGGAGUACAAAACCUGGGCGUUGUUACUGCAUUGCGCGGAGCAGAGAGAGGGCGCGCGGUACUUGAGUGCAUUUGUUUUGUCCAGAAAGACAACUCUGCCUAAGAAUGUGAUGGCAUACUUAAGGGAUAAACUUCCAAGAUAUGACGUGGAUAUAAAAUACGUGUUCCCUAUACCACACAAUGAGUGUUCGUCGACUCCGGCUAAAUACAACUAUUCACCGAUACUAGUAGAGGCUGGUAGCAAGACUAUAAAACGACCCGGAAUUGCUUACAAUACUAAUUAAAUGUUUAUAAAUAUUAUUCAACUGUGAUUGUAAAGUUGCGGUCGUAUUCAGAAACAUAAAUUAUAAGAUUUUUUUCACAAUAUUCAUUUAAUUCAAGUCUUUGAGUGUUUAUUACAAUUUUAAACGCGAUAAUUGAUGUAAUUAAGUACAUACGUAUUUUGCUUGUUUUCUAAAAUGAUUGAAUGCUAUUAAAACGUAUAUGUGUGAAAAUAGAAUAAAAUAAUUGUAUUUCAAAUUGUAAGAUGUUGAAUUCAUAUUUCAGAUCAAUGUAAAUAUUUUUUUAUAUGGAGUAUACAUAAUGAGAUAAUUUUUA